GUAAGGAGCUGGUGGAUUACAUCUCUCGGUACCUGAGCUCCAUCAGAGACAGGCGGGUCAUUCCAGACGUGAAGCCGGGUUACCUGCGUGAGCUGCUUCCUGCGGCGGCGCCUGCAGAACCCGAGGACUGGGAGAACAUCUUCAACGACAUCGAGAGAGUCAUCAUGCCAGGAGUUGUUCACUGGCAGAGCCCUCACAACCACGCCUACUUCCCCUGCCUGACCUCGUGGCCGUCCAUGCUGGGCGACAUGUUGGCCGACGCCAUCAACUGUUUGGGAUUCACCUGGGCAUCCAGCCCGGUCUGCACAGAACUGGAGAUGAUUCUGAUGGACUGGUUGUGCAAAGCGCUCGGACUUCCUGUUUUCUUCCUGCAUCAUCAUCCUGACAGCCGAGGAGGAGGAGUUCUGCAGAGCACGGUCAGUGAGGGCACACUCGUUGCCCUCCUGGCAGCCAGGAAAGAUAAGAUCCUGCAGCUGCGGGCCGAUCUGGACCAGGACGUGGACGACUCGGUUCUGAACUCCAGGCUGGUGGGCUACGCUUCAGUUCAGGCCCACUCCUCGGUGGAGAAGGCGGGUCUGAUCUCUCUGGUGAAGAUCCGGUUUCUGCCCACUGAUGAGACGCUGUCCCUGAGGGGGGACACUCUGAGACAGGCCGUCCAGGAGGACAGGAGGCGGGGCCUCGUCCCGUUCAUGGUGUGCUGCACUCUGGGAACGACAGGCGUGUGCGCCUUCGACAGGCUGUCUGAGCUGGGACCUCUCUGUGAGGAGGAGGGGCUCUGGCUGCACAUUGAUGCUGCAUACGCCGGCUCCGCCUACCUGUGUCCAGAACUCCGCUGGUCCCUGCAGGGCGUGGACCACGCCCACUCGUUUGUGUUCAACCCUUCCAAGUGGAUGAUGGUUCACUUCGACUGCGCGGCGUUCUGGGUAAAAGAUAAAUUUAAGCUCCAGCAGACCUUCAACGUGGAUC